UCAACUAUCAUUGUGUUCUGUCGUGCCUUAGUGAUGGCAGACUCUUCUACAGUGUGUGCUGUUCUUAAACAUGGCUUAAAGAUUCAUUAUCCGUGCUCUGUCAGCUGCACUUCCUUAAUCUUCACUCUCACAUGACCUGAAAUUUAGCAUAAUGAUGUAAACAAGUAGUUUGUAGUACUGUCAAAUGCUAUGAGCUCUUUUCCCCUUUCACUUCCUUCCUUCCUGCUCUCUCUUCCUCUUUAUUACACAGACACAUACGGACACAGUCCAGUUGUGUCCUUAAUGUCAGUGGCAAAGAUUCCUCCUAAUCCUCAUGUGUGAUUGGUUGACGAUGUGAUCUGGAGACCUCAGCCAAUGGCAGCGCUGAGAUUAGGGAGGAAGUCAAUCCAAUAGAGUUUUUACCUUCUCUGUACAAAUCUCGCUGAUCCAGGAAUAGAAAACAGUGACCGCAGUCUACAGUGGUCUGUCUACUUAAUGUCAGGCUUUGGUUUAGCAAGGAAUUUUGUCUUUCUGGAUUAUCAAACAAUUGGUAACGUGUAGGCUCUGAACUCUUCUGCUGAUUCAGCCAAGCGGGCUCAGAUAACAGAGAUGCCGUCCCCAUUCGGAGUGGGCCUAGCCCAUGAGAAAAAGAUUGGCCACAGGAGGGUAGAUGCCUCUGGAGAGACCACAUACAAGAAGACCACCUCCUCUGCCUUGCAAGGGGCCAUCCAGCUGGGUAUUGGAUAUACCGUUGGCAACCUCAGCUCCAAGCCUGAGAGAGAUGUGCUGAUGCAAGACUUUUAUGUAGUGGAAAGCAUCUUCUUCCCCAGCGAGGGCAGUAACCUCACUCCAGCCCAUCACUACCCAGACUUUAGGUUUAAAACUUACGCCCCUGUGGCCUUCCGCUACUUCCGAGAGCUGUUUGGGAUCCGACCAGAUGACUACCUGUAUUCUCUGUGUAACGAGCCACUGAUCGAGCUGACAAAUCCAGGAGCUAGUGGCUCCAUAUUCUAUGUAACCCGCGAUGAUGAGUUCAUCAUCAAAACUGUUCAGCAUAAAGAGGCAGAGUUCCUACAGAAACUCCUUCCUGGAUACUAUAUGAACUUGAACCAGAACCCCCGGACUUUGCUGCCAAAGUUUUUUGGCCUCUACUGCGUCCAGUGUGGGGGCAAGAACAUCAGACUUGUUGUGAUGAACAAUAUUUUACCGCGCUCUGUACGCAUGCACACCAAGUUUGAUCUGAAGGGCUCCACAUACAAGAGGCGAGCAUCCAAGAAGGAAAGAGAGAAGUCCAAACCCACUUUUAAAGACCUGGACUUUUUGAGCGACGUUCCUGAAGGCCUCACUCUGGACCAGGACACAUACAGUGCUCUGGUCAAAACUCUGCAGAGAGACUGUCUGGUUCUGGAAAGUUUUAAGAUUAUGGACUACAGUUUGCUGCUCGGGAUCCAUAACAAGACCCAAGCGGAGCGAGAGCGACAGUCUCAAGGCUCUCCUGCAGGAGGCGGGGAUGAGAAGAAGCGUGCAGCUCAGAGAGCCUUGUACUCCACUGCCAUGGAGUCUAUACAGGGAGGCUCCACAUGCAGGGACACACUGGACCACGAUGACACUAUGGGUGGCAUUCCAGCUGUGGGUAGUAAAGGAGAACGCCUCCUGCUGUUCAUUGGAAUCAUUGACAUACUGCAGUCCUACAGAAUGAUCAAGAAACUGGAGCACUCUUGGAAGUCCCUCAUCCAUGACGGGGACACAGUGUCAGUUCACAGACCUGGUUUCUAUGCUGAGAGGUUCUACAAAUUCUGUAGCACCACUGUCUUCAGGAAAAGCUGCUCACUGCGAUCGUCUCCAUCUAAAAGAGGACGAGGGGCUCUUUCCAUGUCCAAGUCCGGUGCUGGAACAAGUUCAGCGGGGCACCGUCCCUCAGUGAGUGACGAGAAGCAGGAAAACUUAGACAACUUGGAGAACCUACGUGGAGCUCGUAGCUUCCCCAUGCUGGAAGAUAAUGGGAGAGAGCCACCCUGCACUCCUCCGUCCUUUGAAGAUGCUACCACAGCUUCUAUCGCUACCACACUCUCUUCUAACAACUCUUUACCCACCACCCCCUUCGACACACCAGAGCACCCACGCUACAGGAGACAAAUGCAUUCCCCAAGUGUGGCCAGGUCACAGAAAGUUGAGUUUCAUGGGGAAAAGCAGGACACCAUAACAGUGGAGGUGGAGCUCAGUAAAAUCCCAAAGAGCACGGAGCUCACACAGUUGACAGAAAUGGCUUCCCCCAGCCACCUGUCACCCGAUCAUCAACCCCAUGUCUUUGCCCCAUCCACCCCUCCCUCCAUCAAUCCAUCCUCGGCACAUUCCUCCACCACCCUUCCUCCUUCCUUUGUGUCUUCAUCCUCUGCUGCUCAAUCAGCUAGCCAGUCAUCCUCCACACUUGCUACAUCCAUCCGUCCAUCCACCAAACCACUCACCUCUCCCACAGUGGCUCAGUCUUCCACUCUUUCUUCCCCAGUCUGUCAUUCCACUGCACAAUCCAAGUUUAUCAUCUCAACUCCAAACUCCUCCACCCUACCUCCUGCCUCAGCAUUUACUCCCAUCUGCCCUGCAUCUCCUCACUCCUCCAUCCGGAGCUCCUCGCACCAUCUCCCCUCGACCCCUCCCUCCUCACAGCCUCCAAGCCCCCAGGUGCCUCCGCAGGCGCCGCGUCCAUCGUGCAAUCAGCUGUCUGUGUCCAGCAGCCACAACUCAUUGGAUGGGGAGGUGCCGGUGUCUGACAUCUACUUUUAUGCAGAUGGCAGAUAUUGGGUGUACUCUCCAGUUCUUGGCCGUCGUAAGCUAAACUCUAGCUCAAGUUGCAAUCAGAAUCAGGAGGAUCGGAGCUGGGUGUUCUCUCCUCUGCACUCCGAGUCCAGAAGGGGCUCAGAUGGGGAGAGUGAGACAUAACUCACAGUGGAGACAGCAGUGACGGGUGGAGCCAGAGGCUGUCUCCAUAUACAGAAGCUGUGAGGUUUUAAUAAUAAAGCCACCAAGGCACUAUGAGAAUUGUUGUUUGUUACCCAAAUUGCAUGUGGAAGCUUGUUUUGCCAACAGAGACUAAAGGAAUGAACUUACAGAAACAUUCAAGUAUACAACACUACAAUCAUGCAUAUGCUCACAUGCACUCAACCAAUUUAUAGACAUACAACUAUCAAAAUAUUAUGCAAAAAAAUCAUAAAGCAUCAGUUCCUGGACAAUCUGAGUGGCAUCAAGCAGAGAAAUAAACUAAAAUAACAAUCAGCUGAGUGGUACUGUGAAAGAUUUUGGUGGUUGUUAAGUCAGGUAUUACUGCAGCCCCGCUGCCUGCUGUUUUUAGGUUUUUAGUGUUAGUCACGCUGCACUGUGCCAGCUCUGGCUAUGCAAUAUGGACACACACAAUGCUGAUUUCCCUUCUUGACUAAUGCUACUGCAACUACUUCAGAGUUUAUUCAUGCGUUUAUUUUUUACUAGGGGCAUGUCAACACUGUAUAUAAUUUUAUUUUUUAGCACUUUAUCAAAAUACAUGUGGCUGCAGUCCUUUGAAAUCGUACAUGUUUUGUUAUUUUUGUUUGAAAACACUCAAACACAGAUAAUGUUUUGUGUGCUGUGUAUGCACAGUGUUCUGUUCUUCCAGUGGUGUGUGGUGGUCCACUUCAGAAACUUUGACCUGACAAUUAAUGGUUGUGUUCAAAAUGCCUUAUUACAAACUCAUUUUCAUAACUGUUUUUGAUAUUGCAGACACAUGUAAUAAAAAAAAUAAAAAAACAACAACACAUAGCAUUUUAUUGUGAGUAAAUACCAGGUUUACUGAGUUUAAACAAUUCUGCCACCAUGCAAUUAUUCAGGAUUUAGAACCAAGAGGUCAAGAGAGAACAAAAGGAAAAAAUAAAUAAAAUGAUCUUUUGUAAAUGGCAGAUAAACUGUGUGUGUGUGUGUGUCUGUGUGUGUGUGUGUGUGUGUGUGUCUGUGUGUGUACAUGCAUGUAAGUCUGUACGUGUUCGUAUGUCUCUGUCUGUGCAUGUGUUUGCAUGCAUAUUGAUGUGUGAUUGGAAGACAUGUAAGUGUAAGAUUUUUCUGUCCUGCCUAUUUGUCAGAUUGUCAGAAGGUGUAACUUCCAUUUGUUGUUAUCAGCCAUGCAAGUCGGAACCAGCUAUAAGCAUGUUGGCUGUGUGAGAGAAAUGAAAAAAAAAGGUACCCCAGUCAUUAAUGAAACAUGAUUAACCAUCUAUUACCAACAAACAGAGCUAAACUGGAAUAACCUCAAUUUUCUAUACAGUUUAGUAAGAAAAUAAAUAUACUGUCGCGACAGACAGCAUCUUCCUUCAUCCAUACAUGGUGACACUUGUAACACCACUUCCUGACUGUUUGGAUAAGCACUGCUGUAACAUAUUACUGUAUUAUUUGAGUCUGCUGAAGCUAACCUGCCUGUUUGUAGGCAACAGUGUUUGUAGCUGAUCACUGUGUAAAAGAAAAUAAAGAUUAUAUUGUGUAAAAAACAA